CCUCGAAAUUUCCAACCAUGAAUAUUGCCUGCUUCCAACUGAAGGAACGAGAAGGGAGAUCAUUAAAAUUUCUACUCGCCGAGCUCCACCAACGUUCCUCCCUCUGAUCUGAUCACGAUUAACCGUAACCCCCAAUGGAGGCUUUCUUUGACGCCUGGAUCGCCGGCCUCGAGGAGCUCCAGAACGAGCUCCUCUCCGCUCCCCGUGACCGCCCCGACCUCCUCCGCCCCCUCGUCGCCCGCGCCCUCAACCACUACCAGGACUACUACCACGAGAAGGCCCGCCUCGCCGCCCGCGACGUCCUCCGCGUCUUCUCCCCACGCUGGCUCACCCCCUUCGAGCGCUCCUUCCACUGGAUCGCCGGCUGGAAGCCCUCCCUCGCCUUCCGCCUCCUCCUCUCCAUCGCGAUGGCGCUCUCGCAGGUGCUUGCGGUGGCCCGACGGGUGCGGGACGGGGAGGCCCGGGGGCAGGCGGCGGAGAUGGUGGUCCGCUCCCUCGAGCUCCUCCUCGCCUCCGCCGACGCCCUCCGCACGCGCACCGUCACCUGUCUCGUCGAUAUCCUCACCCCCGCCCAGUCGGUGGACUUCCUCCUCGCCGCCGCCCAGCUCCGCCUCCGCGUCCGCCGCUGGGGGAUGCGGAGGUACGGCCGAACCAGCGAUUAAAAUUUAAAACACUUCGCGUGCUUAGAACCAGAAAGCCAAGACGCAGUACGUAUGGGUCGUUAGAAACAUAUUAGAUUGGGUAUGUUCGUUAUGUCGUCGGUCAGUAUGAACCUCGAGGGCUCAUAUUAUUGGAAUGCGUCAAUGUGUUUGGGCUCGGUCUGAUGUUCGUUGUGUUUGUGUCCGUUC